GCCUGCACCCUAGACUGACCGGCUGCGCCAAGCAGGAUUAGUUGGGACCUGCCUUGGUGACCCCAUGGCAUCCCCCAGAACCGUAACUAUCGUGGCCCUCUCAGUGGCCCUGGGACUCUUCUUUGUUUUCAUGGGCACUAUCAAGUUGACCCCCAGGCUCAGCAAGGAUGCCUACAGUGAGAUGAAGCGUGCUUACAAGAGCUACGUCCGAGCCCUGCCUCUGCUGAAGAAAAUGGGGAUCAAUUCCAUUCUGCUCCGAAAAAGCAUUGGUGCCCUCGAGGUGGCCUGUGGCAUCGUCAUGACCCUUGUGCCUGGCCGUCCCAAAGAUGUGGCCAACUUCUUCCUGCUCUUGCUCGUGUUGGCUGUGCUCUUCUUUCACCAGCUGGUCGGCGAUCCCCUCAAACGCUACGCCCACGCUCUGGUGUUCGGAAUCCUGCUCACCUGCCGCCUGCUGAUCGCCCGCAAGCCGGAAGAGCGGUCUUCUGAGAAGAAACCUCUGCCUGGGAGUGCCGAGGAGCAACCUUCCUUAUAUGAGAAGGCCCCUCAGGGCAAAGUGAAGGUGUCAUAGGAAAGCGGAAGUGCAAAAAUGUGGACCUUGCAGGCAGUUGCCUCUUGUGACACCCAGGAAGAUGUCAGUGUGUGUUUUUCAUUUGAUUAAUUUAUCCUGGGGCAAAGGGAAAAAAUAUAAUCUGCAAGUUAAUGUCCCUAUUGGCUUGUGUACAUCUGUCCCCUAAAACGAUCUCCCCACAUUGACAUUUGUGCGCCACCUUCAAUCACUCUGGGGCAACUCCCAUCUUGCUGCAUGUACAUGUAUACGGCUACUAUUGAAGUAUCUUUGUGAGAUGGACUCCAGCACGCAUGUGACUGUGAGAUUUCGUGUGGGGAAAAUGUGCUUCAUUACUGUGUGUGUGUGCGCGCGCAUGUGUGCGCGCUCACGGGUGGAGAGGGCUCUUAUCUUGAACUAAUCCUGCACAGCUAUCUUUCCCUGUAUACCUUGAUUUCAGCAAAGGCAGCAUAAAAUAAACCCCCUAUGAAGAGAAUCCCACUUCCUUCGGUAUAAAACAAGUGACCCGUUCCCACAGCUGGGGGCAAUCCCUGCCUAAAUUGAGCUGAACACUUCACUUCAUCACUUUAGGCAAAGAGUUCCUUCCAUGUGAAACACUAAGUUAAUAUGUAAAAUGAAUUAGCCUCUACUUCCACCGUUGUUUAAAUUUUAAAUAGUCCAUAUUGAGUUUCCUUACAACAAGGAAUACCUGCAGUUGAAACAGUCUAAUUCUUCUAGGAAGAACUAGGGGAUGUUUCACCCAGCCUUGUCCCAGCCCAACCGACUCCGCCCCUUACUAACAAUUUGAAAUUAAGCUUGUUACCAGACAGCCUUUUAUGAGCUUCUUAAGCCCAAAGCUGCCUCACUCCCACAAUUCUCAGCAGCUAACAAGGACUCAGCAGCUGCUCCGCUGGCGUGGCUGACCCAGGCAGGGAUUGGUCCCGUUAGAAAUCUGUGAAUCUCCAACUCUAGCUGUUCUGUGAAAUCAUUCGAAAUUCGGUGGAGGAACUGUAUCCAGUGUUGCUCUGCCUAACAGACUCACUAUCUGUAUUGCUGGUGGAAGCAGAGUCCAACACCCCCAGGUUUGUCUCCUCUACACCUCUAAUCAUUCCGGUGGGUGGAGUUCAGCUGGGGGAAGGACGUUUGAUCCGGGUUAGUUGGAUUGAGCAGUAUGGACAUUUGCUUUCUUCAUUACAUACUGCUGUUUCUCCUUGUUAGAUGUGCUUUGAUGGUUUUAAUAUUAUUGUGU